UAACUCGUGCGCGACAAGAAGCUGCAGAUUUUCGUCACAAAUAUGGUUACGAGAUUCCUACAGACAUGCUUGCAAAACGAGUAGCCAAUAUCAACCAAGUGUAUACACAACACGCUGCCAUGAGACCUUUGGGACGGGGUCCUCAACUUUUUAAAUGUGAUCCUGCUGGUUAUUACGUUGGAUACAAAGCAACGGCUGCUGGUGCUAAACAACAGGAAGCUUUAAAUCAUCUGGAAAAGAAACUUAAAAAAGAUCCGCAGUUAAAUCUCGAAGAUACUGUAGAGGUCUGA